UCCCCAAAUCUGACUUUGCUUUGUUGAAGUUGAUUGAAGAUGCCUUGCCAAAUGAUGAUCCAAAUCCUUAAAUAUUCCCUGGGAAACCGUACUGAAAACCGUCACCCGAACGGUUACAACGUCUCCUUCUCAACCGUCUUCCAACCUUUCUUAUGCUGACACGUGUCCCCAGCAGACCAAAAAUCCCUAUAUUUCACUCCUUGAGCCAACUACAGACCUUCCGCUCUUUUGGCCCGACUUCGUCCUUCGUCCGACCUACUUCUUCGCCCGACCCCACUUGGGCCGACCUCCAUAUCAACCGCCCCCUAUAUUUGAUCAAAGGCCUCCGUGUUUGUCCGACUCCUCCUUCUAUCCGACCUACAGUUUACCCGACCUGCGGAUAUCCCAUCUCAACGACUUUCUGUCUCGAGGAUCUCCCGACUUGAAAACCUUCCGACUUGAGGUCUUUCCGUCUUGCGGACCUCCCGACCGGAAGACCUUCCGACUUGAGGUCUUUCCGUCUUGCGGAUCUCCCGACCUGAAGACCGUCCGACUUGAGGUCUUUCAUCUUGAGGGCCUCCCGACCUGAAGACCUCCCGACUUGAGGUCUUCCCGUCUUGCGGACCUCUCGACCUGAAGACCUUCCGACUUGAGGUCUUUCCGUCUUGCGGACCUCCCGACCUGAAGACCUUCCGACUUGAGGUCUUUCCGUCUUGCGGACCUCCCGACCUGAAGACCUUCCGACUUGAGGUCUUUCAUCUUGAGGGCCUCCCGACCUGAAGACCUUCCGACUUGAGGUCUUCCCGUCUGGCGGACCUCCCGACCUGAAAACCUUCCGACCUGAGGUCUUUCCGCCCUGAGGACCUACCGACCUGAGGUCCUUCCGUCCUGUAUUUUCCUUAGAAAUAAAUAAAUAAAUUUAUUUUCCUUGAUUUCCUCACGGUGUCCUUCAGCCAGUUCAAUCAACCCUAUUGUCAGGCCCAUUCUUCUUUUUACCUUGGGCUUUUAACCUAAUUCUAAAUUUCGUACGUAACAACUUGCCCGCCGCCAAGGGACUUUCAAACGCCAUUUAGCAAUCAAUGUUUGGAAGUUCAUAAAUCACUACCCUCUUGAAAAACUCCCUUAGCAACUGCACCAGUUACUGCAACACUCCUGAUAAACUUCCUUCUUCGCAAUACAAGCCUGUGUGAAUCACAAUCCCAAAACAUUCUAACUAUGGCGGAGCAAUACAUGCCUGCCCUUCCUUUCGACGGAACCCUUCCAGAAGGUCCAUUUUCAGCUUCGAAAGUACUAACUCCGACGAUCCGUCCAUAUUGCACUACUCCUGAAGAUUCAAAUCGGAUGAGGGAAGUUUUGGAAUCUCGCAACCCCUUGGCUAUCAACAAUCCCAACUACCAAGCAGUUCGCAUCCGGGACAGCAUCAAGACCCAUCUCACAGACCCAAAAGAUCUGUAUCGCGCUUGGUAUCGACGAGUAGCAGAACACUUCCAGACCCAAUGGCGUUCCCAAAAAAUCGACCAAGCAAUAUUGCUGUCCACCAUGCCUAUCAACCUGCAUGAGAAGGUGUUGUUGGCCAUGUCUGCCUUCUGGAAUGCGGAAAAUGGGACUUUCCUCUUCCCAUCAGGCCCCUUUGGCCCAACUCUUAUGGACGUGGCCAUGAUCGCACAUCUCCCAAUCGUGGGUGAAGACCCUGUAAUGGGAGCCCUAGAUGGGCAGGAGCCAUCAGAAGACCAUCCGGGAUGGUCCUUACAAAGUGUGAAGGAAUGGGGUUGGACAAAGUUCGCAACCGACCAGCAAGGGGCUCCAGGGACUCCUGUAACCGACCGGGAGCAUACUGCCUUUAUUCUGUUCUGGCUUUGUAGGUACAUCAUUGUUUCUCCUUCCAAAAGUGUUCUUCCUUCCCACCUCGACCUGGCCAUUCAUAUUGCGUCAGGUCGGUUCUUCUCCCUUGGUACUCUAUUUUUAGCCAAUCUGUUCGAAGGACUCACCAGGGUUAGCCUUCGUUUAACAGAUAACGAUAAUAGGAAAUUAGACACUGCCGCGUCGGGUCCUUUUUGGUUUUUAGAACUUUGGUCCCGUCUUUACUUUCCCAACGCGUUUAACUUAGGAUCUCCGCCCACUAUGCCAACGUCUGAAAAACAUUUAGGAUUAGUCCUCAACCGACUCUGCUCAGGACGCAAUAAACUCCAAUCAUCCGACCCAAUAAUAACUGCCAUUUUAACAGAUACCCGCAGUAACUCUCGAUUUUCUAUGUAUAAAAAAUAUGCGGGUUAUGCUCCCGACCAUUUUUGGCCCUUUCCAGUACCAAACCCACUUCCGACUCCUGAGCCUUGUCCUCAUCCCACCUAUCCUUUCGCCUGGGACGUCGCCCUCAAACCCAGGUCUCUUUUUAGUAGCAAGAAACUUGAUAAAAAAGGGCAGAAAACUUUUUACACUUUUAACUAUGAACCUCAAUUCAUGGCGCGCCAGUUCGGCUGUUGCCAAGGUAUCCCUGGACCCGUCGCGUGUCCCCAAAUAAUUUUUCAAAGCCCCGACCGACGAGUCCUUCCUAAUUCAAUCCCUUCUUAUAUCUCCCAGCUCACCACGUAUAUAAUUUCCAAUUCUUAUAUUCCUUUCCGCUCCAACCCUGAGAUCGUAGAUACUUUCAAUGAAUGGUGGUCGGUCGUAUGGUCCCUGAUAUCCCCUGAUGAGAGUCGGUUGCUGAACGUCCUCCUCCCUCCCCAAGGACUGGUUCUAGGGACGGCGAUACAUACUAGCACCCAAAAACAUACAACCGCCCCGGGAAUCGGAUCUGGUGGUCCCACGCGCAAAAGAAAAACUUCCCAAUUGCAAACACCCCCGACCUCGGAGACCGACCAACAAACACUAGCAGACCUUGGAAUAAAUAGGACGUCAGCAAGGACCCGACCCCGAAUUGAACCGACCUUGGUGACACCGACCAAGCAACCGACGCCAGCACCAACCGACCAUUCAAUCGGGCCUUUGGUCCAGACCAAUUUGCCAAUGAGCAAUCGGGCGGAGGACCCGACGCGGAGGCAAACUCUUCCUCCCGCACCGAGGAGUGGUCGGGCCAGGCCCCCGACCAGGAGACAAUCUUUACCAGCAGUACCUACAGAACCAACACCUUCACCCAUCCCAUCAGCAGCAGGGGUCUCUUCUGACAGCGAGGGGACUACUUCCCAGAUGGGUCGGCCGCCAUACAUGGCAUCAGACUCAUCUAUAUCAAAGGAAGAACCAGCCGCCCUCGCCGAAACUGACCUUCAAAACGACAUCCCUGAUGCUGCUGAUCCCGAAAUCGAAGGUGCCCCAGAGAUCCUGGCUGCAGUGGCUCUAGAGGUAGCCGUCCAACCUGCAGCCGCCCUACCAGCAGCGGCACUCCCUCUAGCCAUCGAAUGGCAGGCAGAAGAACCACCCGUGGCAGCCCAACCUCCAGAAAUGGGAGAAAUGUCUUCAUCCGAUUCGGAGACUUCUGUGAAUUUGGGACCCAGGUCGGCACCUCAGCGACCAUUCGCAGCAGCCGACGAGUCGGCUGCUAUUAUACCAGCUGUCUGCCCAACUCGACCGACCUCAUUGCUGCCCCCCUCACUGACAGCAGUCCGCCCAGAGGGGCCUUCGGACUUAGCUGUCCUAUCGACUGUUCCGGUUCCAGCGGAGGCCCAGACUGUGUUCACUGAGGCCAUUAACCGUCCCCUGUCCGAACUAAGGUCCGACUUAUUGGACAAACUCAUUCAGACGGUUGGUGGCCUUCUUUUUUACACUCCAACGGAAUCACCAGCCGUCCCCAUUCUGCAUCGGCUGAUGGAAAGACUUACAGAGCUCAAAACUGAAGUGGUAGUCAUUGGCCUUCUGCACACUGAAAGUGUUAACAAACAUGGCGAAUGA